AUGGCCAAGAUCACCAAGAAAGUCGCCAACUGGCUCUAUUCGGUGCUCCAGCCACAGUAUUUGCAUAAGGAAAUAGCCUACUCUCAUUUAUACCAUUUCUUGUCAGCAUACCUCCCGCAAGGCUUCAAAGUCAGAACCGCAGUGUUCACAUCGGCGCUGGGGCAGGCGCAGCUUUUAAUAAACUUAUAUGGGAAUCUUGACUGCGGAACGUGUCUUGUUCCACUCAACAUUUGGAUUCCGCUCAAUUACCCGUUUAGAGACGAGAACGUCUCUUCGCUUGAACCCAAUGGAGUUCCUAUGGUAUUUGUGGUGCCAGAUAAUAGGUUAGUGAUACGGCCUAACAACAACGUGGACUCGCUGGGCCGUUUUUACCACCCCUUCAUGUCUCUGUGGCACGAGAACUACACGCCAACAUCGCAAACGAAGGAGUUCUCCCUACUUCUGUUGAUGGCAUGCUUGAGAGCUACUUUUGAACAAAACCCCCCGCUUGAAUCAAGGAAACAGUCACCAUUGCAUCACGAACCCGCAAAUCACUUGCAUGCUGCUCGAACAGGGCCGCAAUUGCCGCCGAAAAGAGCGCUUGAUGGGCUGAGCCUGCCUGUUCCAAUAGAUACUACGAGGCAAGGCCCUCCUAGACGAGAGACCACCGGUCCUCCGUUGCCACAGAAGCCCGCUCGUGAGAUGAGGCCUCCUGUUCAAGCAAGUGUUGCAAUGAACCCGCUGUCUCAGACAGAUAUUCCCGAGAAGUAUAGACUGCCACUACCGUUGCCUGGUGAAGGAUUACCAUCACCAAGACAACCACCACCGCCGAUUGCUCCUCUACAAUCCGAGAUACAUCUACCCACGCAUACCUGGGGACCUUCAUAUGAUGACUCGGGUAUAUACGAGCGGUACCCUCCAAGUGGUACACCGUUGUCACGUUCUAAAACACCUCAAGAACCUGCAGUUUCGGAGGUGGAGGACUUGAUGGAUAAGGUGACAUUGGAGGAGAACAGAAACAACGAACCGAUCUUGCAAGAAAUUGCCCAGAAGAUAAACGAGUUUCUUGAAUCUGAGGAUAGCGCCAAGUCAGCUGUUCCUUUUAUCGAGGAGCAGCAGCGUAAAGUGAACGCUUUGCAUGGACAGCUCCUGAAUCAUUUGAAGCAAGCGCAAGCCAACGACGAAAACCUAAAAAAGCAUAUUCUGUACUUGGAAGAAAGAAUUGAGGCAGUGUCUAAUCUAAACCAGGAGCUACAGGCUUUGGACCAGAUCAACGCAGAGUCACUAGAUGAGAUCCAGACAAGCUUGAGCUCAGGCCAUAAGAUUAAGCUAGAUGAACUCAUCAUGCCAGAUUCCAUUUUAGUCAAUCAACUCUACGACACCGUUGCUGACAUCAAGGCACACAAAGACACCAUAGAUCUUGUCAGCGGCAACUUCAAAGGCGAGGAAGAACUUAUCAAUGACGAAACCAUGGAUACCUGCAUCAAGUCCGUGAGAGGUCUUGCAAGGGAAUUGUUUUGGUUAGAAGUGACCAAGAGCGAGAUUGGAAAGUCCAUGGGACUCAAGAGUUGA